ACACAGCAAGCGAGCUUUCAUUCGUUCGUUAACAGCACGUGGUAGGAGCUCUGCUCUGCUCGUUGAGUACAAUACAUAACAACACCAGCGCUCAACGAUAUGGAAAUCGCCGAGUGCUACAAGUUUCUCGAUGCAGUCACCGUGCGGCCAGCAUCUAAAACUGAUUGUGAAGCCAUUCUGCACUUUGUGCGGGAUUUUGCUGCUUUCAACAAGAUCGCCAACAGUGUUUCGGUUACGGCCACCGAACUGGAGCACAACAUGUUCGACUUGCGACCACCUCGAUUCUGGGCGUUUGUGGCGACCGUUCAGAAGGCCACCGACCUCGCCGGACCCAUAGUGAACACGACGGAAAAAGUCGUGGGUGUGAUCACCUACCAUAUCCGCUUCAACGGUUUCACCCUGCAACGCGUCCUAUGCGUUCAAGACCUCUUCGUAGCACCAGAGCACCGAGGCAAAGGGCUGGGAACUGCCAUGUGGACGAUAGUCAACGAAGAGGCCAUCAAAAACAGAUGUGACAUCGUUGAGGCGCAAGUCCGACGUGAUAACGAAAAACGGGCCAAGAUGUACACCAAUUCGGGCGCCAAGAAUGUUUCGGUCUCCGAUGGAUGGAAACAGUUCUUUAAAGAUCUGUGACGUCAACCUUCUUUUUACUUUUUUUUUUUUCAGCAGCACGUAUGAAUUAGCAGCAGACAUGGAUCAGCGCACCUGCUCUGCGCAUAUUUUAUUAAACGAAUGUCAGAAAUAGUCAGCUGUGUAGCGAGCUAAUGUAUCGCUUUUGAUU